UUGUUAUUUAACGGCCGUUCAUCUCGGCCAUCCAUGAUUGUACAGCAUUCCAUGGUACUGCAUGCGUGCUCGAUAAAUAGACCUCCUGUCUACCCUGGAUUGCUUGCUUGCUGAGAAGACAACAAAACAAUAGUAGAGGGAAGAAAAUAGCCAUGGACUCCCGAGCUCCGGAACAGCAACAACAACCCCUCCAUCUAGUCUUCUUCCCAUUUCUAACACGGAGCCACAUGAUCCCCAUGCUCGAGAUCGCCCGUAUCGCGGCCGAGCGCGGCGUCAAGGUCACCGUCGUCACCACGCCAGCCAACGCCCACCUCGUCCAGCCCACCAUCGACCGCGCCAACUCGAGGCCCGCCUUCCCCCACCAGCCCCACAUGGACCUCCGCCUCAUCCCUUACCCCUCCGCCGACUUCGGCCUCCCCGACGGCUGCGAGAGCCUCUCCGCAGUUCCGGCCCCCGCCCUCGUCCCCAACUUCUACGCCGCCCUCUUCUCCCUCCGCGGGGCCCUCGACACCCUCCUCCGCGACCUCCGCCCCGUAGACGCCCUCGUCUCCGACGCCAUCCACGUCUGGACCACCGCCCUCGCAGCCGAGCACGGCAUCCCCCGCCUCAUCUUCCAGGUAUUCGGCCUCUUCCCCCUCUGCGUCGAGAACGAAACCUACCUUCACCGCCCCUACGAGUCCAUCUCCUCCCGCUCCGAGCCAUUCUCCAUCCCAGGCUUGCCCCAUCCCGUCAAGCUCACCCGCGCCUCCAUGGCGGAGGGCUUCAAUUCCCUUUACAUGCUCGGCCUUCUCCACGAGUCCGAGCUCAACAGCUACGGCGUCAUCGUCAACAGCUUCUACGCCCUCGAGCCCGAUUACGCCGAGCACUAUUACAAGGUGGCCCCCCGGAAGGUCUUCCUCGUCGGCCCGGUCGGGCUCGCCGGAACUCAUCCGCCUGCGGCGGAGAAGAAAGAGGAGAAAGCCACCGCCUGCCGCGACGCCACCCUGAGGUGGCUGGACGCCAGGGAGGAGGACUCGGUGGUGUAUGUUUCCUUCGGGACGCUGUGCGAGUUCAGCGAGGAGCAGCUCCGAGAGCUGGCGCUGGGGCUGGAGGCGAGCGGCCACCCGUUCGUGUGGGUGCUGCGAGCUGAAGGAGAGAAGUGGAUGCCGGAGGGUUACGAAGAGAGGGUCGCCGGGCGGGGGCUGGUGGUUCGGGGGUGGGCCCCGCAGGCGGAGAUCCUGGCCCACCGGGCGGUGGGAGGGUUCGUCAUGCACUGCGGAUGGAACACGGUGAUGGAAGGGGUGUGCGCAGGGGUGGCCCUGGCCACAUGGCCGCGCCGCUUCGAGCAGUUCGUGACGGAAAAGUUACUGGUGGACGUGCUCAAGAUCGCGACGCCCGUGUGGGAGGGGUUCAGCAGCGUGGUGGACGAGGAAAAGGUGGUGGUGCCGGCGGAGGCGCUGGCGAAGGCGGUGAAGCGGCUCGUCGGCGGCGGGGAGGAGGUGGCGGCUAUGAGGCGGAGGGUGCGAGAGCUGGCGGCGAUGGGGCGGCAGGCGGUAGCGGAGGGUGGCUCGUCGUACGAGGACAUGAGCUGUCUCAUCCAGGGUCUGAUGCUGUGCCGCGAGGAGCGUAACAAGUCUAGGGAGGGGUGAUGCCAUGUGCUGUUACCACGUGCGUGUUGUUUCUGGAUUACCAUCUGCUUUUGGUAAUAAACAUGUGGCGAAUCGGUAGUUUUUUUUUU